UCAGAGGUAAAUAUGCUGCUAAGAAUGGACGUUCAUACUAAGCAAGAAGGACAACAAUAAAACGAGGGAUUGUAUUUUAUUAUUCGAUGGUUACCUUUUAUAUUUUAUAUGUAUCCCCAUGUAAUUGAAAGACUGGAAGAAAACAUAUAAUGAGUGAAGAUAGCAGUGAAUUAAAUGAUGAUGGCACUGCAUUGGGUGUCAAUGCUCCUGGUAGUGUACCGAUUCAUAAGCCAGUAGCCCAGCCCCAGACUGAUGUAGCAAAGGUCACAGGCCCAUCCCAGCUUCCAUCCCAUAUGUAUCGGUAUGCAGUUUGGCAUGACUUGAGGGAAAAUGCCAUUAGAGGCACGCAGUUACAGAACCCACGUGUGCGUAGAGGCCCUGAGCGUAAGGAACAAGAUUUCUACAAAGAGGAAGAUGAGCACGGAAGAAAGCUCUAUCAUGGAAUGAAGGGUCUGGCAUGUAAAAACUACCAAAAGAAAACAGAGGACUGGGAAAAUGCAGUGUAUGUUAAUUUAUCAUAUCAAGAGCUUGGACACCCCUAUCAACUUGAAAACUUUAGCAGAAUUAUGAAGAGAAUAUUAAGAGCAGAAAAAAUUACUCUGAUUGACAAUAGCCUUGAAGACAUGCACUCAAUAAAUCUCCCAAUUUGUCGCAUAUUGAACCUUAGUCAGAACUACUUCAAAAAGUUCUCCAAACUUCCUAAAUGUCGUAAUGUUACAACUCUACUUCUAGCAGACAACUCCAUUGAGACAUUGGAUGGUAUAGGAUCCAUUGGCGGAAAGGAACUUCAGGUACUCAACCUUAGAAGGAAUCCAUGUACUUUCAUUGACAACUACAGAAAAAGGGUUUUUAGAAGUCUGCCACACCUUGCAGAAUUAGAUGGCAUCCCAAAGCUUGAUUCUGAUUUGGAAGAAUUUGAAGAUCUUGAUAUGCCCACAAGAGGAUGUAUCCUGUCAUAAUUCAGUGGCGAUAUCAAACAACAGACAUUAUUAGAAGAAUACCUAUUUUCAAAUGUACUCUUUCCAUCAUUUGUUACUUUUGUUAGCCAUCCAUCAGACCAUCAUUUUAAGAGAAACCAACAAAUUCUGUGCUCUAUACUUAUAGUUUAUUUUAUAUACACUAUUUUUAUUACAUUUUAAUUUAUUUACACCGAAGGUGGGACCCUGGGUCAGAAGGAUCCUGGAGCUCAUCCUGGGCGGGAUCCAUCACCCUGAUCAGAUCAUACUGUACCUAAUGCAAAGUAAGUCUGAUGAUUACCCCUAAAAUAUAGACAUACUAAUGUCUAAAUAUUGAUCACAAGAAAUAUUAAUAUUGUACAGUUGUAUAAAUUACUUAAGGUGAAAUUAAUAUUGUUAGUAUUGUAAUACAUGUCCCAAUCCAAUUAAACCACUUUUUGUUUCGGGGGUGGGGGAAUCUUUAAUUAGGAGACCUGUUUUAACAAGCCAUAAUUUACAGAAAUUUAUCUUGAGUAUUAUACAUUUAUUUAGGAUUUAUAGGUAGGAUUUGGGGAGCUGUGAAAUAUUUUCCAUCUGCUUUUGACAUGUUUAAUUUGCCUUGAUGUAGGGCUCAAUCAAUCAAGGAAUUUAUAUAACGCCAAAAUCCAUCAAAAAUGUUCAAAGGCGCUCGUACAGCAAACUCUUCAGGUUUCUCUUGAAAAUGUCAACAGAUUGGGACAUACUCAAGUCUUGAGAAAGAGAAUUCCACAGAGGAGAUGCUCCUUGUGGAAGAUGCAAUAUAAAGGGGCUUAACCAUACCUUGCACCCCAGUUGUAUGGUGCUAACCGAUUCUCAUUAAGCACCCAUUCUGUGUCUUAGAAAGAUCCUUUGUUCAACAUAUAUGGCAGCCUAUCUGGGACUACUAUUGAUCUCUCCUUGGUUACCUUGGACCCACCACUCAGAACUGGUGUGUGCAUUUGUGAGGACUGAGUUAAAUUUGUAGCAUACAAUCACUUAUAUUAUAUUGAUAGAGAAUCCAUAAUUUUGUGUACUAUAUUUAAAAUACACAUACUAUCUGUUGUCAAUAUUAUAAGUAAAUAAAGGGAGUUAAUUUAAGCUAUUGACUAUUGAAAUAAAAGAUACAAAUUUUAUUAUCAAAUAAGUGCUUCUUUUUUUUUGUUUAUUUCAAAAUAUAGCAGUUCAGAUAAUUAGAGAGAAACUGAUAGAGAAAGUAUAACAAGCUAUAACCAGUUUUGUUUUUUUAUUCAAACUUGAAAAAAAUUAAUGGGAAUGAAUAACUAAGUAAGUUACUUGAGAUGUUUAGAUUGUACAACUAAUUUGUGGUCCAGUCAUUGCUAUUAAAAUGCUCCGUUCCUUGUUUUGCACCGUGCGUAAAACUCGUUGGAUGUAAUAAUCCUAUUCAGCACUCCCAUUUCAAUAUCCUGGAUACACCACUGAUAAUAGACCUCUCUGAAAUGUCAAUCAAGCUUAACAACUGACCAAUCAGAACAGUGCAACAAUAGUAAUAGCAACAAUAUCCAAGGGGCUGGGCUUAAGUCGAACAAUUUUUUUGUUAUCAUUUUGGAUUCGACUUAGUCAAGUUCAUUCAAUGUCAUUUUGGAUUUGACUUUGGCAAGUUCAACUGUACGAUCUCAUCAUGCCCGCAUAUGGGCAUAUCACGCAAGAUUGUCACAUCAAAUUUGAUAGUGUGGACAAAGUGUAACAAACAUUUUAUAAAAUUGUUUACAAUUUUUUUACAAUAGAAAAAUAAAUAAAAUGUUAAUAUUUAAAAAAAGGAAAUAUUAUUAAUAGAAAAUCUCUAUGACCAGCAUCUAACAAAUAUUAUAUUUAAAUAUUCCUAAAUAUGAAUUAUGUAAUGGCACAAAAGUAUUCAAAAUUAGAAAGUUACAUGAUGUUUAAAACCUUUUCUGCAUAUUCAUGUUUAAAGUGUUUAUGCUCAUCCAAAAAUUAUGAUGAGGGGUAUGAUUCAUAUUAAUAUUUUUAUAUAUUACUUAUACUGUACCUCAAAUAUUAAAUACUAAAAUAUUUCAUAUAAUAAAUAUAUAAAAAUAUUUAGAAAAUAUCUCAUAUGAAAUAGAAUGUAAUUUAACUGUUCCCUGGCCAACACCCUCACUAGGCUAAAUCAAUUCAAACUUUCAAUAUAAAUCUUAUUAGCAAGUGAAAAGUUAAAUACAAAAUAUGACUACUAAGAUUUGGAAGACUAAUUUACAAAAACAAUGGCAUGUGCACAAGAGCCUUAAAUGCAAAGAAAGCAAAUCUGACCUUCAACUACAGUAUAUUUAGAAAUUUCCUAAGUUCAACAAAUUGCAAUGGAUAAAUUACUAUUUCAUUAAAAAAUUAUGGAAAUUCAUAGAAAAACAAUGAAAUUGUGUUAUCCUGGUUUUACUGGAUUUGAGAUCUGGACCUGAAUUUGAAAUGAAAAAAGCACCUUUACCUUGACCUACUACUGUCGGUGGCAAAUUCAAGAGGCCCUACCCCUCCCUCUGUUUAUACUGUAUAUUAAAAAAAGAGAAAAAUGAAAGAUAAUUAUAUUCCAAUUUAAGUCUGAGGUGCCAGAAUUAUAAAUUUUUUACCUCUUUGUUUCCUCUUUCUUACCAAAGCACCAACUAGUCCAAACUCAUUACAUAUAGCUGAUGAUAUGGAAUGUAUUUUUUUAUGUCAAAUUAUUCACUAAAAAGUAGGGCCUGCAUGGGAAAUAUUUACUUGCAUGUAAAACCCUAUUCCUACAGCACUUCAAUGACACAAGGUAUGGAAGUAGGUCAUAACAUUAAGCAAAAAACAGUGCCUUGCUAUUGAUAAAUAUAUAUACAUAAAAAUAAUACAGUACAUACAUAUACAUACUUUGUUUACAUUUACAGUUACAUCGGGCUAUAUGGACCAGUACACUUGGGUAACCUCCUACUCCUCUUCAAAGAUGUACAGUACUGGGUUCACAUGAGCCAAUUGUGUAUACUGGGCCUACAGUUUGUAGUUCUUCUCCGAGAAGACUUGUUCCACCACCAAAACCUUAGGCAAGCCUGUCACUCGAACCAGCGGCGCCCCUGCCUUAAAUUCUCAGCCAUUCAACUCGCCAAGUAUAUAUAUUCAUUCAUAAAUGUACACACACAUCACCUACACGUGUGUGCAUAUAUUUAUCGUCUAGACAAAACAAAUCAGGGGAAUCCAACUACGUAUUUGGUAAAUAAAGCCAAGUAUACCACUAUGGAAUACACAGUUGUAACCUUUCCGCAAGUGAUUUUCAACAUAACUUUUUAGUAAGCUUUGAAGGUAUCAUUAUGCAUACAUUGUGCAUGUUCCUAAAUAGCAUCAUUUCAAAAUUCAAAAACAAGUAUGAGAAAG